AUGUACGAAGAAUUUAUCAACGAGUACGCAUCAUUGCAACAUAUGGUGAGCAUUACUAGGGAAGAAGAGUGUUCAACGCCCAUCUGUUAUCUCUCCCACCACGGCGUCUGGAAAACAUCCAGCAGCACAUCGAAAUUAAGGGUGGUCUUCAACGCCUCAAGACGAUGCAACAGUGGUAAUGAUUGCUUAUACUCUGGUCCUAAGUUACAGAACGACCUGACUGCUGUUGUACUAAAUUGGCGUCUAUACCGAAUUGCGCUCACUGGAGAUAUCGGCAAGAUGUACCGUCAGAUCUUGGUGGACGAGAGAGAUACUGAUUUGCAGCGUAUUGUUUGGCGACCUAAUUCGCAUCGAGAACCAACACAUUUCAGAUUAAAAACUGUCACUUAUGGUACCAACUGCGCGCCAUACCUGGCCAUUAAAGUAUUGCACACUCUAUCUGCUGACGAACGCUGCAACUUUCCUGACGCUGCUCAGAUUUUGCUUGAUGAGUUCUACGUGGAUGAUGUUCUAACGGGGGCAGACAGUCUCGAGGAUGCUUCCAGACCACGUCGAGAACUGAAAGGCCUUCUUCGCGCAGGUGGCUUCACCCUGCGAAAGUGGAAUUCCAACUCAAGCGCUGUGCUGAAAAUCAUUGAUCCUGUUGAUAUUCAAACUAAAUCUUCAAGGGAGUUUCAGCUAGAGGGAGAGUACAAUACCUUAGGACUCGUCUGGGCUAUCAAAGACUAUUGUUUGACCUACGCACUAAAGCUUGAUUACACGGUAACCACAUUUACAAAGCGCCAACUGCUGUCUGACGUGGCUAAGCUGUUCGACCCACUUGGAUGCAUCUACGCACGCAUACGCCGCUGUAGUGUACUUAAACGUUGUCGCUUAAUCAUCCGUCCACAUUCACCUAUUGAUGUCGAAAACACGAGUGGCACCGUUAAAGAAAGUUACAGUACCACGGAUCGAGCUAUGUGCAGCCGUACUUGUUGCUCGCCUGAUGAAAAAGGAGCGCUAAAAGGGUUCGUGUCGAAUCGUGUUAGCCAGAUACAAGAGGCGACUACUGUAAGCGACUGGCGUUAUAUUAACACGGCCGACAAUCCUGCUGAUUGUGCCUCACGAGGACUGACCAUGGCACAGCUUGUAGAUCAUCACCUAUGGUGGCAUGGGCCCUCCUGCCUUAGCCAACCAGAAGCCAGUUGGCCACAGCCUUUGCUAAAGGCACCAGAAAAGCUCUCCGAAUCCAAACCUGUGCAAGCUACAACGGCACGUACAUUCCGUCUGAUUGGUUAA